GGCGUGUUACACUCAACUCUCGUAAAUCGUAUCAAUAAAAGAUAGGUAUCCUGUUCUUGCUAUACUGUCAAAUAGUAUCGGACACUCUCCAUCUUCUUGAGAAUGGCGACCUUGACCGAAGAACGUAUCGAGCCUUACGAAGUCGUGUCAUGCGUACCACAUUCGAAGCCUGUCUUGGUGAACCAUCGCGUAACAUACGAUCGCCAUGUCUUUGUCGAAAGACCGCUACUAGGUGCUCUUCUCUUCGACAAUCUCGACUCUGAUGCGCGUGAUCAUUGUGCAAAUGAGAGAACAUUUCUUUCGUGGUUACGACUAUCUAUCUACAUGGCUGUCGUCAGUGUAGCCAUUCUCAUCUCUUUCCAUCUCAAGAGGCAGCCUUCACCGCUUGAGCGGCGGAUAGCAUUGCCGUUUGGCAUCAUCUUCUGGUUUCUUGCUCUCGCAUGUCUCGCGAGUGGGACGGCGAACUACAUAAAGACCGUGAAACGAUACUCAAAGCGGCAAGCUUUGGUGCAGACGGGUUGGAAGACCCAGGUCGUCUUUACCAUUGUCGCUACGUCUAUUGUGGCUGCGUGUGUACUUUUCUUGUCGACCAAUGCAGCGUCGAAGCAGCGGACUCGUUGAGAAGU